AUGCCUUCGGACAACGCUUCGGGCGAGGGUGCUUCGGGAGCUAAGCCUAGCGUCUCAAACGUGUUCAUGGGCCGGCUGGGCAAUAUAGAAGAGUUUUCUCCUGACAACGCGGCAGCCUGGCCUACAUACCUCGAACGCCUACAGUUCUAUUUCACGUCGACUGGUGUGGUUGAGGAGCAGCAGCAACGGGCAGUGCUGUGCAGCGUUUGUGGUCCGGCUACGUACGCCAUCCUUCGCACGUUGUGUUCUCCGGCGACGCCGGCUGAGACGCCGUAUGCGGACAUUGUUUCCAAGCUCACGCACCACUUCACGCCAACGCCUUCGGUGAUUGUACAGCGUUUUACGUUUCACAAACGCUGUCAGCAGCCGGGUGAAAGUAUCGCGGAUUUUGUUGCGGACUUGCGCCGACUCUCCAAGCACUGCGAGUUCGGUGUCACCCUGGAGGACAUGCUCCGCGAUCGUCUAGUCUGCGGCGUUCGUGACGAAGGGCUGCAACGGCGUCUCCUGGCUGAGACUGCGUUGGAUUUCAAGAAGGCGUACGAAAAGGCCGUCGCUGCCGAGUAUGCGACGAGGCAAACGGAAACCAUCAGGGGAGCGUUGCCGACAGCGUCCGAGUUACAUCGGAUGGGUCAAGCACCAAAGGCGGACAAGCCGGGCGGUAAACAAGAGCGUUCCAAGGAAUCAAGAACCGGGCGGUGUUCCCGCUGCAGCGGUGACCACGACGCUACGAACUGUGGUUUUCGCUCUGCAGUGUGUCAUUUCUGCAAGCGGAAAGGUCACAUUGUUCGUGCCUGCCGUCAAAAGGAAGAGGCAAGAAGCAAGGCAACGAGUGGCAAUAAGCGCCCAGGCAACUUGGGUCACUCAGGAGUGUACGGACUUUACCACAUUGCUAGUGGAUUGCCAGCGUUUAUGGCUAACGUCAUUGUGAACGGACACCAGGUAUCGAUGGAAGUGGACUCUGGAUCCGUUUGUUCUAUUGUCAACUUGAGGACAUUGAGCAAGCUGGGAAUCUCGAAGAAGGCGCUACGACCAAGUUCCAAGGGAGUGCGGACGUACACACAGCAGCCUGUUUGUGUCGUGGGCGAAGUGGAAGUUCCUGUUAAGUACAACAGUAGAGAGGGCAAACUACCCCUGCUCGUCACGAAAGGGUCGGGAAUCAGUAUCCUGGGGAGAGACUGGUUCCGACCGCUAGGCAUAACACUGGAGGGACUGCACCAGCUCAGCGGAGCCCCAGCUUCCAAAAGUUCCAGUCGAGAAGUCCAACCAGCUGCACGCAACCCGAGCAAGGUGGUGACAAGCGUAAAAAAUCUGCUGCAGGAUUAUCCAGAUGUGUUCAAACCUGGGCUGGGCAAGACCAGGGGUCUUCCUGUGCGGAUCUUAGUGGAUGAGCAGGCCACACCCAAGUUUCACAAGCCACGGCAAGUACCUUUCGCGCUACUGCCCAAGGUGGAGGAAGCCAUCGAACAGUUGGUCGAGCAAGGCAUUUACGUUCCCAUUAAGCAUUCCCGCUGGGCGACGCCAAUUGUGCCGAUUCUGAAGAAGAACGGAAAAAUGAGAAUUUGCGGGGACUACAAGGGAACACUCAACCCAGUCGUCAAGUGGGAGACGUAUCCGCUUCCAACUCCAGAACAACUGCUCGCAAGAGUGGGAGGAUGUGCAGUGUUUUCUCGGCUGGACUUGGAUCAAGCUUAUCAGCAACUCUGUGUCGAUGAGGACACCGCCAUGCUGCAGACCGUGACAUCUCACAAGGGCCUGUUCAAGGUGACGCGAUUGCAGUUUGGUGUGGCAGUCGCCGUAGCCAUCUUUCAACGUUAUAUGGAAGGACUAUUGAACGGACUGGAAGGGGUUCAGUGCUUUCUGGAUGACAUCCUAAUUGGUGGAAGAACAGUUGCUGAGCAUGACGAACGGCUGCGCAAAAUGCUGCAGCGUAUCCAAGACGACGGGCUUCGCCUGAACGCCGAGAAGUGUGCAUUCAGGGACAAGGAAGUGACGUACCUGGGGUACCGUGUCAACAAGGACGGAGUAAGUCCUUUGCGUGAAAAAGUGGAAGCCAUCAAGCAAGCUCCGGAACCGAAGAACAAGAAGGAGCUGCAGUCGUUCUUGGGAGCCUUAAAGUUUUAUGGCCGCUUCUUGAAAGGAGCGUCACAUGUCUUGGAACCACUUCACCGCCUCCUGGACAAGGACAAGGCAUGGAGUUGGACUGAGACGGAAGCGAAGGCAUACCAAGAUGCCAAGAGCCUGCUGGAAUCAUCAGCCGUCUUAGCACACUAUGAUGUGACACGUCCCAUAAGGCUGGCCUGCGACGCGUCUCCGUGCGGGCUGGGUGCGGUACUGAGCCAAGUGCCCGAGGAAUUCCGUCCUUUGGUGGCCAGGAAGAACGAACUGUCCACCUACCGAAAUUGUGUGCUGUGGGGAUCUCGUGUUGUGAUUCCAAGUUCUGCACAGGCCCAGGUCCUAGACAUCCUACACACCACGCACCCAGGCGUAGUACGGAUGAAAGGUCUUGCACGCCGCACCGUGUGGUGGCCGGGCAUCGACAAUCACAUAGAGCGCAAGGUACCUGGCUGCCAAGCGACGCUGUGUAUGCACGGAACUAUCAAGGUGGCACCAAGUGGGUCACCGGGUCCAUUGCUUCAGUCACCGGACCCCUUUCUUACCAAGUUCGUCUGUCCGACGGUAGCUUAUGGCGAAGACACGUCGAUCAGCUCCGCAACCCGGCCAGCCCACUGGACCUCGGUGAAGCUGACAGUGAUACUUGUGGAAACUCAGCCGAUGGUGAUGACCUCGCUGUGA